CUCUCUCUCCGCACCAUCCCCAGUGAACGUGGUGGAGGCCCUGCAGGAGUUCUGGCAGAUGAAGCACAGCCGAGGGGCAGAGCUGAGGAACGGCGCCCUGGUGGUGUAUGAGAUGGUGCCCUCCAGCAGCCCCCCGUACGUCUGCUACGUCACCCUGCCAGGGGGCAGCUGCUUCGGUAGUUUCCAGCUGUGCCAGACCAAGGCGGAGGGCAGACGCAGUGCGGCCAAGAUUGCCCUGAUGAAUUCUGUCUUCAACGAGCACCCAUCGCGCAGGAUCAACGACAGCUUCAUCGAGAAGAGUGUGUCCGAGGCCCUGGCUUCCUUCAAAGGGAACAAGGACGAGGCUGACAUUUCCAAUACUGGCAUUGGAGCCUUCCGAUUCAUGCUGGAGUCCAACAGAGGGAAGUCCAUGCUGGAAUUUCAGGAGCUGAUGACGGUAUUCCAACUCCUGCAUUGGAAUGGCAGCCUGAAGGCAAUGAGGGAACGGCAAUGUUCUCGCCAGGAGGUGCUGGCUCACUACUCCCACAGGGCCCUGGACGAUGACAUGCGUAGCCACAUGGCGACAGAGUGGGUGAGCCGGGAGCACGUGAUGCCGGGAAUAAUCAGCCGGGAGCAUGCCAUCGCAGAGCAGGAGCUGGAGGAGGCCCGGCUGGCAGGGAAAGAACUGCGCUUUUACAAAGAGAAGAAGGACAUCCUGGUGCUGGCCAUGGGACAAAUGGGUCCGAAACACACCACCAACUGCUGAGGCUCCCCAGUGCCCCGCCUGGCCAAGCAGCCGGGCACCUGGACUCAGCUAGUGGCCUGCCUCCCAGGGGGUUUACACUGCUUCAUAUUUAGUGGGCACUUGCAGCUGUCUCAACUGUAUUCUUCACCUUCUCUCGUUCUUUUCUCUUUUCCUGAUCACGCCAAAUUGUUCGGGCAGCUCUUUGGAGCUAAAAGGGACACCGUGACUGCAAUGCGUCUGGACUCGCCAGGCCUCAUUGCCCCUGUCAGGCCAGGAAGGUAGUUCCCAAAUCAUAGGAGGCCAUGAGGUUGAUACAUCUGAUGGUCUCCAGCCCUGUGUUUGUCACUUCCUAUUUACUGUAACCUUUAAUGUUUUCUUGCCUUUUCUAAGACUUCAAUCAUCAGCAAAACGCUGAAAAGCCUGAAGUGAGUGAGUCUCACUACAGAGAGAGCAUUAGAACUGAGAUGAUCAGAUUGAAACAGUCAGGGUGGAUGCAGGAAGAAUGGUUCUCCACCACCCCCACCCCCCUACUCCCCUCCCCUCCCCCCCCCCCCCCCCCCCCCCCCCCCCUCCCAGCUGGUGGGUUUUGGGGACAGGGUGUCUCAAACCAGGGGACACGG